GGGAGAAAAAUUGGAAGGCAGGGACACUGAGAGAGACCAGAGCCUGAAAAUGAUGUUAACAUGACAGGGGAUAGAGGAAAAGAAGAAUGUAUGGUAAAAUGAAUGAGACCAGGAAUCUGAAGCAGAUGAUCACAGGGAUUUUAAAUAUACCAAUAGAGCAAGAAAUGGUCGAGUAAGGAAUCAGAAACAGUUUUCUACUGAUGGGGAACAUUUUUGUUGCAGCCUUUUAGGAUGACUCAAAAAUGUGAUAAAAGAGUGUUGAUUGAUACACUGAGACAAGACAUCAAAUAUUGUCUUAAAAACAAAAAGCAUGAAUGCUGUUGAAUUGAGAAUGAUGCUUCUUUGGACUUUAUCGAAGAACUUUUGGUUUUGGAGGAGAAGGCAACUUCAUUAGGAAAUAGAUUUGAAGCCACGAUAGUUUAUGACCAAGCCACCAGCAUCUCCACAAUCAUCUUUACCCCAUCUUAAUUUUCUUAAUGUGUAUCAUCACAUCUCCAACAUGAUGAACUGCAGCAAUACUGAAUCCUGGCUUUCUAUCAACACCUCAUUUUCCACGCUGCCUCUAACAGCCAGACAAUCAAACAGGAGUGACAUGGGAGCUUAUCUUGAAAGACUGGCUCACUUAGACGAAGGACUCUACAACGACUUUUACGGCCUCUGGAUUGCACUGAUGGUUAUAAACUCUGUCAUAUUCCUGGUGGGCAUGGUGCUCAACUCAGUUGCAAUUUACGUCUUUUGCUACCGAACGAAGCAAAAGACCUCCUCUGUGAUCUACACCAUCAACCUGGCCGUAACCGACCUCUUGGUGAAUCUUUCUCUGCCAACUCGCAUCUCACUCUACUACAGUGGAGGAGCUUGUCUCACCUGCUCCUAUUUGCACAUCUUCAGUUACUUUGUGAACAUGUACUGCAGUAUCUUGUUUUUAACCUGCAUAUGUGUUGACCGUUACCUUGCCAUUGUGCAGGUUGAAGCUUCCCGUCGUUGGAGGAACUCCAGCGUGGCCAAGCUUGUGUGCGUUACGGUUUGGCUGUUUGCCAUCGUGGUUACAUACUCCUUCCUCUCCACUGCUUUCCAGCAAACAGAGUGCUGCAUCUCAAAGCUCCUCUUCCUCACAAUCACUGAGUUCUUCUUGCCCCUCAUUGUCAUUGUUGUCUUUACACUGCGCAUUAUGUGGGCCUUAACUGACCGCCAUCUGAUGCAACAGAGCAGAAAGAGAAGGAGAAGAGCUGUCCAGCUGCUGAUAACUGUGUUGAUCAUCUUCACCAUCUGCUUCACUCCCUUUCACAUCAGACAGGUUUUGUUGUACUUCUACCCUGACAUGCCCCAUCAAGUGAUCGUGUACCACUUAACCGUCACUCUAAGCAGCUUGAACAGCUGUAUGGAUCCUGUUGUGUACUGCUUUAUUACAAAUAAUUUCAAGGCCACAAUGAAACAUAUUUUGCGUCGUGCUGAGCCAGACCAGACCAGUGGUGACAUUGUCAGUAUGCAGCACAGCUCCAAGGCCUCUGGAGGGAUAGUUAAUGCCAUCACCAAUAGCAGGAUCAUGAUGACCAGGAUUCCCAGUGUACAGCAGGGGCGAAUUUUGGAGAGUAAUAUCAUACCAUAAAACUGCUUUAACAAGAAGAUUUAAGUUUGACAUACAUAAAUGUUUUCUUUAAAUGGUGAAAACAGCUUUACUGUGUUAUGACUGAUCUUCAGCUCAAGACUUUCAAAAGAAUCCUAGUUUGCUGUGAUCAGCUACAUGGGCAAUGACACCUGACACAACUAAGCUUUACAUCAUGCUAAGGCAUCCUCAUCACCCAGGGCUUUGAUUGGAUGAUGUUGCGUAUAAGAAGACUACUCAAGGACCUUUGUAUCAU